AAAUUCUCUAACAAAGCUCGAGAACAUGACCGGAUAAACAACAUGGAGCAGAGCACAUUGGACAACGACAAUCCUGAUGAGUACUUUUCGGAAAUUAUUGAGAUGGACCUGGACGGAUCUUGUAGCUCCAGCACCUUGUCUGGGCCUCCGCCAAAGAAAAAGAAAAAGACCGACAUUUCGUUGCUGGCAGAGAUCGCCCAGGAGCGUCUCGAACAACAAAAGGACCACCACGUUAGGCAGGAGAAGAUGGUGGAGGACUUGAUCAGCACCCAAACAAAAUUCCAGAACGACUUAUUAGAACAUUUUCCCUGGGGCUGUGCGCUUAUACGUCUGCACAUUGGAGUGGUUUGGAAGGAAAAGAACGAUGGUCAUGCUCCCAAAAGAUCUUAG